AUUUGGGGCCACUCUUGCAUUUUUAUUCUUUCCCUCAGUAAUCCGGUCAGGUUUCAGCCUGGCCAACUGGACAGAGAUUGGCUGGACUGAUGGGCGCGCGUGUGGAUGUUUGUGGGGGUCGUCAUUAGAAACGAGCCUCUAGAAACUAGGGUCCGAACCGUCCAGAUCUGCGUUAACAGAUUAAGCAUCUCUGGGGUAACAUCGUGUCUCCGGCGUAUUGUGAAUUGGAACGGGCGUUAGGGGUCCACAAUGCAGCAAUGAAGAGUCCCUCAGGGGUGUCUCCUCAAUCUUAAUCCCUCCCUCACUCUCUCGCCAACUCGCGCUUGUGGAGAGCUCGUCUCCCAUCCGUCAACACAAGCACCUCUCCACCAUCAUCAGACACAAUUAUUGACCAUUUCAUAUUUCACUCACUAGCAAAGUUACUGACUGGGUUUCUUUUUCUUCCUAUUUUGACACCAUUUUGGCUCAUCCUUUGAGCCAUAUUUUCAGGAUGUUGAUUUUUCAAGACCAUCAAGUGAUGACCGUUGUCGGUUUACCUCUCUGAGUGGGUAAAUACUUUACGGACGGCAGCGAGGAGGAAACACAGAGGGAGAGAAUAACUUCCACACAUCAGAGGGUGAAGAAGGGGGUCCCGGGCAGUGGAAAAUGGCUGCUGUGAACACUGUACCCAGCUACGCCCCUUCGCUAUGGGUAAGAGUGUGUCACGCUGUGCCCCGGCUGGACCUGAGCAUGCAGAUGAGGGACAACAUCUUUGUUCCCGAGAGCUGGGAAUAUCAGCAGACCCUGCUGGUUUUGUCCAGUCUAUCCGCCAUCGCUCUUGUCAUCUCCCUCUUGGUGGUUCUUUCUUUUCUCAUACACUACUGCUGCUGUCACCGUGGUGACCGGGGUGAGGGAUCAGAGGAAGAGGAGGAGGAUGAAGAUGGCAGCACAGGUCACGGUUACAGCGGAAAGAAGGGGCGGGGUAUCUGCUGCGUUACGUGGGUGGCGGUGGCCGCCGUCACACUGUGCUGUGUUGCCAUAGGCAUCGGUUUCUAUGGCAACAGCGAGGCUAAUGAUGGGAUGUAUCAGUUGACCUCGUCUCUUCUCACAGCCAAUUAUACACUUGCUUCCAUCGAUCUGCUGAUUUCAGACACCAUCACUGGACUGCAGCUGUCUGUUUCUGGCCCUCUCACCUCCAUGGAGGAGCUGUUUUCGGGCAGUAAGCCUUUCCUGGUGUCGACGCGGAACUGCCGGAGGUUAUCUGAGAACGUGGUCAACCUCCUGUCUUCCAUCUCCUUGGCUUGGUCCAGCGUAGACACUGGUCUGGGGAAUGACAGCAGGAUCAGCGGGGCGUCGAUAAUUCCUCUAACACCCGUUCCACCCUCAGUGGCCCCCACAGUGGUGCCGGCCAGCAGCUUGUUGCCCAACCCCUUUUCUCCUGGCUGGGCGGCCAACACUCUGAUGGUCAAUGAGGACUACAGGUGGCUGUCUUAUGUUCUGCUGCUGCUGCUUGACCUCAUAGUGUGUCUGUUCAUCUUGCUGGGACUCGCCAAGCAGGCCCGCUGGCUCCUCAUCCUGAUGACUGUGCUGGCAUGGCUGGCUCUCUUCCUGAGUUGGGGGUCAUUGGGCUUGGAGACAGCUACCGUCGUGGCCCUUAGCGACUUCUGCUCCGAUCCAAACACUUUCAUCCUGAACUCCACCCAAUUCAACACAGGGACCAGCUCAGAUGUGAUGGAUUAUUAUCUGACCUGCAGCAGGCGCAUGAGCAGUCCAUUUCAGCAGCUGCUGACUCAGUCCCAAAGGGCCCUCUCCAACAUUCACACACACCUCUCUAGUCUGGAAAGAAAUGCUCUCCCACAGUUUCCAAAAGCAGAGAAAUCCCUCAGGGAGGUUCAACAGAUACUCAACUCCACAGAAGGCAACUUCCAUCAGCUGGUGGCGCUCCUCAACUGCCGGGGCCUCAACAAGGACUACAUAGACUCUUUGAAAGGGCUGUGCUAUGACGGGAUGGAAGGACUGCUUUACCUCUCCCUUUACUCCUUCCUAUCAGCUUUGGCUUUCACUGCCAUCCUCUGCUCUCUGCCUGGGGCCUGGAGGAGCUUCCCCAGUGAAUCGGAGGAGUACGACGACUCGGACAGCGAGAGUGAGGACCCCUUCACCUCCCAUCAGGCACGUAGACAGGCGUCCUCCGGGUCUCAACGAGGGGCCACGGCUCCCUUCUAUAAUUACCCAGGGGCCGGGUGGACACCGCCCUUUUCUAGUGCGCCGCCCCUCCCGACUCCAAACGUUUCCUCCAAUGGCAACCCUGGCUAUGAGAGCCUACCCUUGACUGACAGGCAGUCCCCACCCCCCUCUUACUCUCCCAGCAUGCUGACUGGUUACGGGGGAAAUCAAUCGCAUCCCUCCCAUUCGAGGAACCUGUAUUCACGUUGAUUUUAUUUUGAUAGAAAAUGUAUAGAAAACAAAUGUUUAGUUUUCAUAUAAAUGGACACUUUAAUAAAAAAUAAACUAAUCUAAAUGAAAGCAAAUGAUAGAUGUGAUUUCUAAGUGCAUCCGAUCAAUACCAGUGAGCAUCUCUAUUAAAAGGAUUUCAAAGCGAGCUGUUCUGAAGGAACCGCUGAAGGAACCAGCUGCAUUAGCUCUGGUCCUUCAAAACAAAUCGAAAAUUCACUUGGUCUAAAUCAUUUCCCCACGUUUGUCCAAACUUCAGUGUAAACUGUGAACAGUGGUGAGGCAAGUCAGAAUGGCAUUGAUGCUAAUAUAUUGUAGUUUUAUAUUCUUUAAUGUAUCUGUACCACAAAUUUCUUUUCAUGUUUUUAUAUGAAUAUUGUGUAAAAAAAAAAGGAAUAAAUGGCACGUAGCAGCACAAUUUUGGAUGGUAAUGCAGUUAUUUCACUUGGUAAAUAUUUUUUUUAAUUGUUAUUACUUUUUAUAGGUGGCAAUGCUGUAUUUUCCUUGUAUUACCUGAUGAUACUCUGUAUAUCUCACUGUGUAUAUCUCAGUAUCCAUAAACCUUCGAUCUUCAAAAAAAAAAAAGAGAAAAGUGAAAAGAAAAAAAAAUUGCGGAGAGCUGCGAAGACUUUAUUAGUAAAAAAAAAAAGAAGAGCAACAACUGCCACUUGAGUCUUAAGAACUACAAAUCCCUUACAACAGCAGGUACAUAGCAAUAUGAAUCUUGCUACUUGUGCUGCAGUAGCUCUGCCGUAACAAGCAAUAAGAACUAUGUACAGCAUUGGGUUUCUGACAUCUUUCCAUAAUGUUUUGUGUAUAUAUGGUGCAGUAUGAGAUUUCAUUAAGCCCCUCCCCCUAUUCCUCCUUGCCAACUGAUCUUAACCCCUGAAUUGAGUUUGUACGGUUAUCAAUGCUCCUUUUCAAUGGCAUCCUUUUACACUCGAGAGUCUAAUAUAAAUAAAAAUAACUUCAAUAAUCCAAAA